CUCCAAAAAUCCUUGAAUAGAGAAUUCAAGGGAAAAAAAAGAGUAAACAACACCUCCGUAUCUCAAACACCUUCUAAACUAGAAAAGAUUAUCACCAUCUCCAACCCAAUAUCUCCACCCAGAAAGAUGUCUUCAUCCACGCCCCCAACCUUCUACUUCGGCUACGGCUCCAACCUCUGGCUGCACCAAAUGUCCACACGCUGUCCCUCCUCCACCUACCAGGGAAUCGCCCGCUUGGACAAUUACAAAUGGAUCAUCAACGAACGGGGCUACGCCAACAUCGUCAAAGUCUCCCCUUCCUCAUCUACUACCCAGACCCAAACCACUCCCUCUCCCGCUCCUACUUCCCGCUCCUCCUCCUCCUCCUCCUCCACCCCAGACACCACCCCACACGUCUACGGCCUCCUCUUCCACCUCACCACCCACGACGAACGUCACCUUGACAAAAACGAAGGCGUGCCCCUCGCCUACACCAAGGAAUACCUGCCCGCCACAUUCUGGUCCGCUACUUCGCCCGCCUCGAAAAUCGACAUUACUACCCCACCCAGCGAGACCGAUAAGCGUGUACUCGUGUAUAUCGAUCGGAAAAGAGUUACGCCGGGGAGACCGAGGGAGGAGUACGUGUAUAGGAUGAAUCGGGGGAUAGAAGAUGCGGUUGCGUGUGGGGUGCCGGAGGAGUAUGUUAGCGGGGUUAUGAGGGGGUUUAUUCCGGAGGAUGAUGGGGGAAAGGAGGAAGGGGUGAUGGGCGAGUAUGCUAAGAGGCAGGCUGCUGAGUUUAGGGAUGAGAGUGGGGUUAUUGAGUAGAGGCACGAC